AUGUUCACCGAGCAGCGUUCAGGCGCGAAUCAACGCGCUUCCAUCAAUCCGCUUUUAGCCGACGGCAAAAAGUUUGCUCAUCCACUCAAACAUCUUGGAAAAACUAUGAAGGAUCUUCCGGUUCUUGCAAUCGACUCUUUCCAACACAUGUACCUUUUCCCGGAUAUGUCACAGCUGACCGUUCCAGGAAAGUUGAGAGAGCACACAUCAGAUCGAACUCUAGCCAAGUUCAAGGCCGAAAAUGGAAUUACUGACGAAGAUUUGGAGGACAAUCGCGAAGCAGGAGGAAUGCCAGCGGCCAAACCAGGCGACACAACACCGCCACCAUCAGUUUUCAAGCAGCUGAAACCAAGUGAAAAACGAUACUCAUUAUUGCAGAAGACAGAAUUAUAA